AACCAAUGCCAAGUUUUUUUUGGUGGAACCUUAGCCACAUCCCACAACCAGCAUGUCACCAACUUGUCAAAAUUGUUGAAACAUUUUUAACAACAAAUAAAGCAUUAACUGUGUGAAACGAAGCUUCCACGAUGGUUUUAGCAGACUUAGGUCGUAAAAUAACGACUGCUUUGCAGUCGUUAAGCAAAGCAACGAUAAUAAACGAAGAGGUUCUCAAUGGAAUGCUCAAGGAAAUAUGUGCAGCUCUGCUUGAAGCCGAUGUAAAUAUCCGUCUCGUGAAAAAACUGCGGGAAAAUGUGAGGGCGGUUAUUGAUUUUGAUGAGAUGGCAGGGGGCUUGAACAAGCGGAGGAUGAUCCAGAGUGCCGUUUUCAAAGAGCUCGUUAAACUUGUCGAUCCCGGUGUCAAGCCAUACCAGCCUGUUAAAGGCAAACCCAAUGUUAUUAUGUUUGUUGGGCUUCAAGGCUCAGGGAAAACCACAACUUGUACAAAGCUGGCAUAUCAUUAUCAGAAGAAAAAUUGGAAGUCGUGUUUAGUGUGUGCGGACACGUUCAGGGCUGGUGCCUAUGACCAGGUUAAACAAAAUUGCACAAAAGCAAGAAUCCCGUUUUACGGAAGUUACACUGAGGUGGACCCAGUGGUGAUAGCGCAAGAUGGUGUCGACAUGUUCAAAAAAGAGGGUUUUGAGAUUAUUAUUGUGGAUACGAGCGGAAGACAUAAGCAAGAAGAAUCAUUAUUUGAAGAGAUGUUGGCAGUUUCAAACGCCAUUCAACCUGACAAUAUUAUUUUCGUCAUGGACGCCACCAUAGGUCAAGCUUGUGAAGCUCAAGCGAAAGCUUUUAAAGAAAAAGUCGAUGUAGGGUCUGUAAUUAUCACAAAAUUGGACGGACAUGCCAAGGGUGGAGGCGCCCUCAGUGCGGUGGCUGCUACCAACAGUCCGAUUAUUUACAUUGGUACAGGGGAACAUAUUGAUGAUUUAGAGCCGUUCAAGACCAAACCUUUCGUCAGUAAAUUGCUAGGAAUGGGCGAUAUUGAGGGUCUCAUAGACAAAGUAAAUGAAUUGAAACUAGAAGAUAAUGAAGAAUUGUUAGAGAAAAUCAAACAUGGACAGUUCACACUUAGAGAUAUGUACGAACAGUUUCAGAACAUCAUGAAAAUGGGACCCUUCUCACAAAUUAUGGGAAUGAUUCCGGGCUUUAGCCAAGACUUCAUGUCGAAAGGCAGCGAACAAGAGUCGAUGUCGCGUCUCAAACGCUUGAUGACCAUCAUGGACAGUAUGAACGACGACGAGCUCGACAGCAGAGACGGUGCAAAAAUUUUCUCUAAACAGAACGGUCGUGUCGUACGAGUAGCCCAAGGCUCAGGCGUUACCGAACGUGAAGUCAAAGAACUGAUCACCCAGUAUACGAAAUUCGCAGCAGUCGUCAAGAAAAUGGGCGGUAUUAAGGGCCUUUUCAAAGGGGGCGACAUGGCCAAAAAUGUCAAUCCAGCACAAAUGGCCAAACUCAACCAACAGAUGGCCAAAAUGAUGGACCCCAGAGUAUUACACCAAAUGGGUGGAAUGCCAGGUUUGCAGAACAUGAUGCGACAGUUGCAAGCAGGCGCUGGAGGAGGAUUAGGUAAUUUAGGGAAUUUGAUGGGUGGUUUCGGGGGAAAGUAAUUUAGGGAGUUGUAACUAUGUGAAGUUUUUAUAAAAAUAAAUUUAUCUUUUAUUUGAG